GGUCUCAUUUGUUGAGUUUCGCUUAAGUGGGCCAUUCCCGGUGGCCUCAGCUCUUACAAGAACAUAGGCGGACAUGCACUCCCAACUUGCAACGAAGCACAUUUCCAAGCUGGAAUGGCUGCAUCAAAUGACGGUUCGACAAUGUUUGGAAUCAACACAGUACAGGGACAAGUAUCAUCUGAGUACUUGCAACCAACGGCAGCACCCGAAGUCGACAGUGCUCCCUCACUUCCGACGAUUAGUCAAGGGCCGGUCAAAGAUGAGGGACCUGACAGUAGCAGUUCCCUGACGAUUCCUCGCGCUCCGAUGGAGCAAGCGAGCCUCGACAAACGUAUGGACUUUGUAUUGGAAUGUUCGAGGAGAGCGGGAUUUGCAAAUUUUGAUUCGGCAGUAUCAAGCUACUACAUUGCCGAAUUCAGUGAUUCUUCUGUAGCAGCGAAUGCCCAAAGAUUGAGCAGAAAACGUCACUUACCAAGGGUACUAGUAGACUUGCGCGAAACAGCGGAGGCUCAGGGUUACAGCGACGAGAUUUUGAAGUCUGCCGAAAAUUUGCUUGUGGCUGAGUGCUCAAACCGAUCUGAAAUCGCUUCUAUUUCGAAGCUUUUUUCUAUAGAUAGUUUGAACCCUAAGACUAGCCAUCAGUCUUCCUUCGAACUCUCGAACGAACUUCAAGAUCCGCAAAAGAUAGCCCAACUCAAGAAAAGCUUCCAGUAUGCUGUAAGUUUAACUCUUCCUGUGGCAUUGUUUACCAUCCGAAUUGACCAUUUCAAUAGCUUCCAAAUCUGUGGUCGUUAGUAUCAGCUCUCACUACAGAUAUAACCACCGUUCGACCGCAGCACCAUUCGCACCUGACGCUUGCGACAAUGUCAUUGCUCUACCUCCCGGGAAAAGUCUCUCGCAACGUUCUCCAAUCCUUGGUAACUGUUUCUUUACAAAGUGGCGAAAAGGAAGACUAAAAUUAGAAGUCGGGAAACCAAAAAGAAUUGUCACUUUUCUAUGUCCCCACCUCAAUUUCUUCAAGAUUCACAUCCUGAAUCAGGUGAUUAUGUGAUUAUGUGUGAUUCCCAUGCCUUAAUUUGACUCAGUAGACCGC